GUUGCAGUUGUACUCAGUGACUGCCACAGCAGUUAGAGGAAGUGUUACUCAUUGUGCAGCUCUCACUCUGACUGGCUGGCUAGCUCAAGUUUUUGUACAUAUACCAUAUGAUGUAGUCCAUUAAUUUUCUUACAAGGACAAAAGAAAUGGGUUCAGACGUGAUUAUUUCUCUUUACCUCAUUAUGAGUUGAGGGACCAAGAAACAGUAUGGCAUUCUGGAAAAAUUCUAUCAGUAUUAACAUGAUGGACACAGGAGAAUUUGAUGCCAUUGAAUCUGAAAUAAACCGCAGCCUGCUAACCAUUCUGAGAGAAACAGACUCUGAGCAACCAGGUGUUAACAAAGGGAUGCUGAGAUGGACGUUACAUAAGAAGGUGCAGGACAGUUCUCUCAGAAGUCUGGCUCUGGUGAAGAUGGCCAUCAAGGAACUAGAGAGAGCUGAAAGAGUUGACUGCAAGAAACACCUCAUUCCUUUACUUAAUACACUCAUCUAUGCAGUUAUACAGACAGUAUACAUGCCUGAUGACCUCUAUAAAAGAGUAUAUGACUUCUGCAAGAGGUUGUUGACACUGCCUCAGCCGUACUGCACUGUGGGCCUCAGUUAUGCUGGGCAAAUGAAAUCAGAACGGUUUACUCCAGGUCUUUUGUAUCAGAAAAGGAUAAUUGCAGAACAGAAUCUAAAAAAUGAACACUAUCCUCAUCAGGAGAGGGUGUUUGUGUUUGCAGAUCCUGCAGUGUUAUCUGAGUCUCUGAGCACUGUUCUGAAGGCUGACAUCGAGGCUCAAGUAAUGUCCCGGAACCCGCUGAGCCUAAUGCGUUGUGUAGUGCAGCAUAGUCUUCAAGCAAUGCUGGGAGAGAAGUGUCAUGGACCCUCCCUCACUGAGGCUCUACAGGACUUGGACCAGGAUAUGGAAUCUUACUUCAAUGAAGUACUCUCAACAGUAGAAAUGGGCACAGACUGUAGCAGAGGUGAACAGGGUCAGAUCAGAAAGAAACUACAACAGUUAUACACUCAGAUACUCCACAACACUGGCAAAGGUCUAUUGUCCUGCGGCUCAUUGUGCAAUAUUCCACUUCCCAAUCCGGAGAUGAGUUUCCACUUGUGGUGGGAGGAGGAGGAGAUCUGGAGAGAAGUGACCAAGUUUAUCCGAUCCGGAUCCUUCUCAGAUAAUCUUUCUCUCAGCCAAGAUGAAUUUUUAAUUGCUGACCUCCCCACAGACCUUAACUCAGAGAUGCCACGGCACUCGGUCAUGUCGACAGACAGUGGUAUCGAGCGUGACAUUCAGGGAGCUGAGAGUUCUGACACAGACUCUAUUGGAGGUAGGAGCUUAAAGCCUGAACUGACCUCUGGACGACUCUCUCGGCGUGGAGGGAUCAAGGUUAAGCCAUCUGUCAUUGACAGCAUGGCUCUGAUGCAGGACGCACUAGAGGAAACGGUCACAGCUGGGACCACUGGCACACUGCAGAGGAGAGCAGGAAACAGUGGUACCACCUUGCCCAAACAAGAACGUGACUACACCGCUAAAAUAGUGGUGAUGGGGGAUGACCGGGUACUGGGAAGGCUAGCCAGGACAUACUACUGGUUAAGGAAACGAGAAGCCCGAAGACUGUUUCUUACAAUGAAAAUCAACCUUCAGAUGUACUACAUCCCUGUUGCUCGCCAAUCGUCUGCAACAUCCCCUGUAAAAGAGAACGUGUCCUUUGCAAGCAGUAACCACUGUACUCUGGGCUCUUAUCUUGGAAUGGUGGAUCCAUGGUACGAAUGCAACAUCUUUAGUCUUGGCCAGAUGAUUCCUGAUCUUGCGAGAAUGUCAAACAAUAGUAAACAGCAGGAAUCUGACUUUUUCAUAGCUGAUGUCAUCUCUUACUAUGUACGCAUGGGACAGCAGCCAGUGUACUUCAACAUUUACUACAUUAAGAUUUCCUUUUCCAACGUGUCCAAGGAAGCAGUGGAAGAAGUUUUUGUCACACACCUUGAAGUGGAUUUCCCAGAGUUUAAAAUGGCCCAAGCAGCACAUAAAGACAGACAGAAGAAGAUGUCUCCAGAGCUGUGUGGGGCACUGAUCUCCUUUAGCUACUUAAAAGUGUCGCUAAGCAACAGGGAGGUUGAGAAAGGUUUUUCACUCAGAACCACGGGUGCUCACAUUUCAGCAAUUCCAGAAAACAAAACUGAAGAUCUGAAUUGUCUCACAGUCACUUUCAAUGACACAAAGCCAAAAAGUAUCAUGCAGGAGCCAAAGAUCAGAACAUGCAAUUUUAAGUUGAAGACGCCAGACAGAUCAACUUUCACAGUGCGUUUGGACAAAGACUUUCGAAGGACAUUUUGGGAUGUUGAGAGCAUUGAGGUUUCUCCAUGCCGGGACCCUGGAUAUUAUAUUCAAAACUCCAUGAAGUCAAAGUUAAUGGCAGCAGGCAGUGGUGAUGCUGGACUGAGCAAGUACAUGAGCAAAGGAUUGCCUUUGCCCAUCAACACAUUUGCGGGAAUCAUUGACUAAAUGAACAAGAAUCAGGGUGAACUUUCUAUCAUUGUGAGGGGCAGUUUUGAACUCUUGCAGUAGGUAAUGUGUAUUGUGUUUUAAACAAUGCACUAAACAACAGUGUCUACAUGUGAUCAAUGGUCAAAUAAGACACGUCACAGCCAAGCAGGUUUUACUGCAAUUUAUAUUUUCACUUGUGAAUAACAAGUUGAUUGAUUCAGAAUGUAUUGUAACCUGUAACACAGCCUCUAUAACACUAAUGCAGUCAUUGCAUUGAAUUUCUUAAAGACUCAAAAAUUUUAA